CCCUAGUGUUGAUAUAUAAAUGCGGAUGUUCUUAAGUUAUUGAACUCGUGGUUGUGAUUUCUUUUCUAAUUUUCUAAUUGGUACACCCCUUGCAGCAACAUCAUUUUCAUAAUUAUUGGUGAUUCAUAUUAACUGACCCAAAUAAAAACUAGAACCACAAAACUGUGAUGUAAAUCUAAUCAAUGUUUACGCAAGUACAAGACUCUUUCAUUUCAGAGGAACAGGAACUAGAAGUUUCACAUGACAUGAGCCUUUGAAAUACUGUUUUUAAUAUCUAAAUGCAUUCUGUCCUUAAAACUAUGUUUUGCUCACUCAGCAUCCAGUGACGACAUACGGUUACGCAUUCUUAUUUUCACUGAUGGGAUAUUUUGGCAUUUCAUUCGUCCUGGCUCUGAUAAAACUUUAUGGAGCACUGGUUGCUGUCACAGUGACUACAGGAAGAAAAGCCAUGACUAUCGUGUUGUCAUUUCUGUUCUUUUCAAAACCUUUCACUUUUCAGUACGUCUGGGGUGGUCUUCUGGUGGUGUUUGGCAUCUUCCUUAAUGUUUACAGCAAAAACAAAGACAAAAUGAAGCUUCCCUCCUUAGCAGAGCUCAGAAAAAAAGUGCUCAGCGGGAGGAAGGUGCGUCUGCUGUCUCAGGACGUGUAGGAGGGAGAACUCAAAAGUGUAAUUGAUGGGCUUCUCCUACGUCUUACAUCAGCUGAUGCAUGGAGUGUGGGGACCGUUUGAAUCAAAGGGACCAUAAACUAGAGCCAAAAAGCAAAGAUUUGCACUGGACAAAGGUGGAAACUGAAGAUGGAAAUGGUUUCAGUAGGAAAUCCCUUUUUUUUUUUUUACAAAACAAGUCCAAAUGAAUGUUGGCCUGAUGGGAGCCAGUUACAUUUUAAUAGAAUACAUUUCACCUGCAUGUGCCGUAAAGUAACGGCAACAGCUGACAUUCAAGUCAGGACUCUAUUUUUUGAGGUAACUGCAAUUGCACAGGUGAAAAUAACUCAAUGAUUCUGUCUGUUUAAAGGGCUGACAUUCAGAAAAGGUUCAACUUAUCAGCUGCCAUAUUUGCCAACCAUUUGUUUGGUGAAAGGGUGGCUGUUUUUACAUUAAAAACAAACUGGGAUGUUGAUUCAGACAGUGUGGAGUG